AAUAAUAAGGAAAUCACAUACUGGGCUGCUGUUCUAUUGAGUUUCCUUUCCCUGCAUUCAGUGGGAUUUGAAGCUGUUCCGAUUCUGGCAGAAGCGUGAAUACUGUGAUUGGAUUUGUUAUUUAUUGAGAGCGAGAUCCGACCCAUGAAUUAUUUUCCUUAUAGCUGCUAACUGACCCAAUGGUCUUGUCAUUAAUAAGCCAGGGCAUUGGAUUCAAUAGCGUGUCUGGGUAACCUGUUCCAUACUCCCACAACCCUUAAUGCAAACCAUUAAUAGUAAAUUAGUGAGUAAGUGAAUCUCACCAGCCAGAGACAGGGAAGAACUCCAGAUCUAGUCCCCACUGGCCUAAUGUGGUUACAAGACAGUUCCCCGUUGGUGAUGACUGUAUUCCAUUUUCAGGAAACCAAGGUAGUGAAGAUGCCCCAUCAUUCUGUCACACUAAAACUGAUUUCAGAUGUACACGUCAUGUUGUAGCAACGAUUUUUAAGCCCAUAGCUGGUCAUCACCUGUUUCUCGGAGCACAAUCUGACUUUCUACCUGUUUCUCUUGAAAACCUCACCCAAUUAAUUCCAGACAUGGUAUCACUCUAAUUUCCUAUAGAUUACUCAAGCUCCUUCACAGUGCUUAAGGUGCUCUCCUGGUUUUGCGUGUUGUGCUGACAAAUAUGGUUUGGAACUCUUUACUUUUUGAUUUUUUCUUAUUGUUUUAAUUAUAACAGAAUUACUUAAAUUUUGUAUUUGGGAUUUUUACUAUUAAUGUUAGCAUAACAGAUGUUUGAUGUAACUCAUUGGCAUGAUGAAGUGUACCUUCAGUCUGCAUUUUUAUCCCCCAGAAUUUAUUUCGCAAUGCCAUCUCACGAAAUCUGGGCCUGCUCACUUUGAAAAAGUUCCCUGCAGUAACACAAGAUUACUCUAAAUACCUAAAUCCCACACAUAACAAAAUAGCCAUUUUUAAGCGUAGUACAGAGACGGUAUUACACGUAAAAUUAUUUGGACAAGAGUCUGAAAAGCGCUCAACCUCUUUGUGUACCGCUUUCAUUGGCAAAAAUAGUUCAAGAAAAAAAAAACACUUUUCCUCUCCCUGCUAUAAAACCGACCAGUCCAGAUGAAUUCCGUGUGUUGAAAAUUUGUUAUUUUUGCUUGAAGUACUGAAAAUAAAUAAUCCCACUUUCAACCUGAAGUGAAGUUUGUGACUUUUAGUGUUUUAGAAUGACGGACUGAUUUGCUCAAAACAGCUUAAAGUAAUAAUUUCUUGAAGCAUUUGGACUUUCUGGAAUCGAGUCUGCAGUUUUCCGUUCGGAAGAACACCCUGGGUUUAGAGUUGGAAGUGGGAUCAUUAAGAAGUAUGAUUCAGUAAAUUCCGGCAAAAAAAAGAGAAUGAAUACAUUCCAAAUAUUUUGUAAUAACUCUAGAUGUGAAAUUUACAACUACCAGAAAUAACUGUGGUAACUGUUGUUUUUUUUUUUUUCAGCUGAAGAGGCACUGUUCGAAAGUACGGAUACUUGUUCUUAACCAAACUGCGUCUCCGGGCCUCUCCGAGCCCGUAGUUGCCAAAAACGUACUCGGAAGAAGACGCCGGUUUUUCCAUCAUUAUCUACAACGUAACCAUCAGCUGUUCCCUAUAUACAAUUCCCUAUAAUUUAACAAAUUAAAUAAAAAAAAACGUUAUGUGUACAAUACAAAACUGUAUUUCCGUGGUUUUCCAACGUAGAUUUCUAAGUACAUUCAACGACGAGGGAGGGCGUUCAUUUGCGACCGGUGACGGUCUAUGCGUAAAAGCGCAUCUUUUCGCCUAACAAUCUCUGCCUCUAAUGUAACCCGUUAACUAAACGCGAAUCAGCCCAAACAAAUGCAAAACGGGCUGUUUCCAGUCACAACCACCCGUGCCACCAUCUCUGCACCACUUAAGGGGCUGGUGUUUUUCUCGUCUGUUCCUUGUCACGGUACAGAAUGGUGCUCCCUGUCUUGUGAAGUACACCAGCUGCGGCCGUGGGACAGCGGCUGGGGCUCUGGGCUAGUUAGAGGAGAGACGUGACACCAGGGUUUGGCUGGGGAUACUUCUGCCAUACCCUGCACUCAGCUUUAAGUUAGAUGCCCAGCUACAGUGGGUACCGGGGCUAUGUUGGAUAUACGCUUCAGCCAAGUAAAUUCUUUGCAACUACUAAUAAUUUGAAGGUUAUGGCCGUAAUGUCAUUAUUCUGUAACUUAUUCUCCGGUCACCCAAAUUGAUCUAGUCGUGUACGCGGAGAGACAGAUUCCUCGUUGGCGAAGGAAUGCUGUUUUCACGUUGGAAGCGGAACUUCUCGGCGCGCUGCGUUGUGAAAGCAGCUGUGAGGCAGCAGGGACCUCCAGCGGCGCAAAUCCUGCUCGCCAGCCUCGACAGAAACCCGAAAGGGAAAAGGGCUGCGGAAAGAAACGAGAGGAGGUUUUUCAGAGGGUGCCGAGUGAAUCAUGCGCUGUUAGAACCGCACUUUCCUUGUAAAGUCUCCGCGGUAACACCCCCUUUCGCUCAUCCAGUUGAGAUCCUGUGCCGUUGUGUAAUGCGCAAAGCGACUUUUAUUAGGGUCGCCCUCUGGGACUUUCCGAUUCUACAUCGCCCAUCGCCGAAAAACAAAAAUGAAUAUUCUGGUUCGUGUUCGUAGGCGGUGCUAAACAAAGAACGCGGGGGAUCUAAUUAGUAUAAAGAGGGGCUCGGUUCGAUGAAGAGGAUAUCGCGCAUCAACACAUUCAAGACUGAGAUACAGUACGUGCUAUUGCUCUCGGCUUGGGCUGCUGCUGAUACGGAGAAACUAUGGAUCGCGGGGCUGACGUGUCGGAGGAGACGAAACUGCAGAUCUUGGAGCACGAAAGAUCUGUGGCCGUGAUAAUAAAUACCUGCAACGAGAUGAAGAGGAGGGACUGUGUCUCUCGUUUUUCCUUGGGCUUUCUGUUCAUCUCUUGUGCGGCUUUCCUGCUCUUCUGUCACGCAACUCAGAGGGAACCCUCUGAUCACCAGACAGCUGCGCAAGUUUCGCAAGGUCCUUCACAACAAAUGGCCUUAUUGACUCCAUCUCCUAAGAGAUCUAUGCCAAAAGCUCACCUGACUGCCAAAAUGGAGACGACCGCCAAACUGGAGAACAUCCUGCCGUGGGAAUCGAACCUGGGCAAUGCCUUCACGGACAGCGGGUUUGCGUACACCGACAACGCCCUGCUCAUCCCUGAAUCGGGACGGUACUUCGUCUACGCUCAAGUCACCUUCAGAGCCCUGAUGCACGAUCAUGGGAAGAGGGGCUGUGAGCCGGUGAGGUUGAGUCAGACCAUCAGCAAGAUGACCAAUGGAUACCCUACACCUUCAGAUCUCAUCACUUCUUUUAAGACUGUGGAAUGUGGCAGCGACACGUGGAUGAAGAGCCUGUAUUCUGGAGCUGUGUUCUUACUGGAAAAAGGUGAUAAGCUGAUGGUGCUCGUCAACAAUAUCACCUUGGUCGACUUCACUGAUGAAAAGAAAACCUUCUUUGGGGCUUACUUGCUUUAAGUCAGCUUAGGGGUGGGAUAAGGAGGGGGUUCAAUGUGAAAAUGGUUGGGGUAUUUCAUGAUGUCUUUUAUUUAUUUUUGGGGGGGUGGGGUAGGAGGCUUAAGGAGGAUACAAAACCACUGCAUUUUCUGUUAGUUAGGACAACACUUUAACAAGACGGGCAAGAGCUUCGCCUUCCUUACAUUACCAAAAAUGAGGCCUGUGAUCUGAGAUUACAGGGAUAUAGUCUGUACAUUGGACAUUUCAGUCAAAGUGAUCAGAUGAUCAGAUUUAUUACCAGAUUUUCCAAGGUAGUAUUUUGCUACAAUGUGGCAUAUUUACAAGCCCAUGUAAACCCGAUGGACUGCAUGCGGUGCUUAAAAACAAAAUAAAAGAUUGGUACAAUUUUUAGUAUCCUGGCACAGUAAUUCAUGUGAUCCUGAUUUUUCUAAUAUUUUAUAUUUUGUUCAGUGUAACACAGUCAGGUGAAGGCUGGGCCUGGUCAAAUACUAGGAAGGCCUGAUGGCUGCUUGAAGUGGUGUUGUUGUACCAGCCCUCCCUCUGGAUCAGAAUUUCCAAAACUAAUGCACCAGUAAGGUGAUGAGGGACACUGUACUGCAGGAGGUGUCAUCCUUCAAAUGAGAUGGCAAACCAAGGUCCUGACUUCUUGGUCGUUAAAGAUCACGUGGUACUGUUCGAAAGAGUAAGGGUUUUAGCCCACUCUGGGCUCGUAAACUCUGAUCUACCUACAGAAAACUAAGGGAAUGGCUUCUCAGCUACCCAUCUGAUCUGCUGGGAAGUGUGAGCACUGUGCAUCACCCAGACUAGUGCCGCAGUUCAGAGGGUGGAUGGAGUGAGUUGCCCCCUGCAUGCAAAACACUUGAGAUUGAAAAGUGUCAUAUCAAAUUGCAAUUUGGGAUUAAUUUGGGAAAAUCUGCACUAAAAACUGAUGGGUUCAGUUUGCACUAGAGGCAGCUGACGUGUAGAAAGUCAUAGCCAAAGUUGGCAGCUCUUCAUAUGUAUGAUUUGGUCUGAUCCCCUGAGCUAUUACGUGUGAUUCAACAGAAUGCCAAUUGAAUUCACUUCUUUCCAGAGGGGUACAGCAAAACAGGGUUCAUGCAGGUUUCUAUCGCAUGUUUUGUUAUCAAAACGUAUUUUCUCGUUUUCAGCGAAAAAACCUUUUUGAUGUCGAUGUCGAACCUUUGAUGCCAGAAUGUGGUUUUUAUUCUACAUAUAUGCAAUAUACACUGCACCCAAGGGGCGUUAGGUGAAGCAUUACUGUGGGAUGUGGGACUAUUUAUUCAAUAACUAUACAAGUACCCGGGUUAUUAGAGGCUGAAAAACAACAUUCCAUGGAUCAGCAAAUUGACACAUCGAAUGUUUGUCCCUGGCUUAUAAAUUGCUAGAAAAAAAAAUCAAAAUAAACCUAAAAGCAAAAUAGCCAAUCUAGUCCUUGUAUCAUGACACUAGAUUUCAAGAUUCUUUUGACCUAGAAGAAGAACCCUGGUACUUGUCUAUCAAUAGCAUACUCUAUUUAAGAAGAUAAGUAUCUUAAUUUGCGCAUAUAUCAAUCUUUGUGAUGGUUUGUUUGCUAUUUAAUAUGCAAAAAAAAUGAUUCUAGUGCUGUUAGACCGUUCUGUUAGUAGGUCAUCUCCAUAUCUGAGCCACAGAGCUAGAAGGCUAGAGCUUAUUCUGGUUUCCAGGAUGUUAAGUGGACAAGAAAGCACAUGCGUCCCCUUCUCUGCAGGGAUGACCCCCAGAAAUUCUGAGCGGACUGGAGCAACUAGGGUACAGGACGCCCUGUUCUGUUAGCCUAGGAAUGAACUUUGACUUUUACCAUUAUCUCUGUCUCUUGGCAGUCCCACAGCAGAAAUCUCUCAGGAAUGAUGACUGCUGCUUAUAUGUAUUGCCAGGAGUUUGAAGGGCAACAUUGCAGACAGAGUCUUUGUAGUAGACUUGUAGUAGACUUCCCAACAGAAAGACCUGAGUGUCGCUCUUGCAGAGAAGAGAGGACAGAGAUGUUUCUUACCGGUCGAGCUCUCUGAAGUCAUAAAAUGAAUGUGACAGAAAACCCAGCCAGUAGUUAGAAAGGUUCUCUUUUUUAAAAAUAGUAUUUAUUGAGUAUUAAAGUAUUUGUUGAGUUGACGAUUGUGUAAAUAGAUAUGUAAAAAAAAGUAAAGUAGAUGCAUGUAAGGAAAACAUAGCAGCAGUUUGGUUGCAUAAUGUUUGUGACUUUAAUAUUACAGGAAUUUGGGAGGGAUAUAAAUGUGGAGAUAUUUAUAGGAAGAUAACUACUCCCUAUUCAUAUUUGUUCUGUAACUGACUCCAGUCAAUUUUGAAAGUAUGAUAACAAUGACUAAUGCAGUAGUUUAAUGAUAUCUGCACAACCUAAUUCUCCCUGCGUAAUUCAGCACUUUGCCUGAGACUACUCAGUGUCCUGAAUUUAAAAUUUGCACAUCAUAAAAUGUGGGUCCAGAAGAGGAGAGACAGUUGUGCUUUCUGGAAACCCGUUUGCACAGGCCAGUGCUGUGACAUUGUGUGUUGUCUGUGGCAGAGAUGUGGCUUGAGCCGAGAAGCCUUGAUUGUGGUUCCACAUGUAAUGAACAGUCUCUUUGAAUGCACUUAAAUGAUUUGGAAUAAAUGUGCACACACAAAUAUCCUCCAUAUAUUUGGAUACAUAUAGCUAUACAUAUUCAUGUUCUACUGAGUGAACUACCUUCUAAACUUUAGAGGACCUCAUUUUAAAUUUUGCACGUGCCAUCCUUCCACAUCUGAAAAAACAUUUAUGAGAAUGCAGCUGCUGUACUAGGUGGUAUGUUGAUAUGAUGACAAUGUCUGUAAUGCCUGACAUUAGGUGUCAAGUGCUGUGGUGGCCACAAUUAUGUAAUAGUUUGAUUAAUUUACAUUCAAUGUUUAAUGCUUAGAUGUAAGUCACGUUUUAUAUUAAAACAGUUGUAGAGUACAGUACAAUGUACUGUGCCCAAUUGCAAUAAUAUUACUAUGUAAAUGUGGAGUAAUUGUUUUGUGUGGUAGGAUUCUAUCAUUUAUGAUUAUAUUUGUUAUUUAAUAAAAUAAUAAUAUUAAAAUA